GAGUCAAACCUCUGGCUCGUAGCAUCGAGGACUACAUCCUCUUUAAUUGGGAAACAAAUGCUAAGCUCGAGGCUAUGCUCCCUCUCUCUCCAGGUGGUGUUCUCUCGGGUCGCCCGGGUUUGCAAGAAUGAUAACGGAGGAUCACCAAGAGUUCUGGAGAGAUACUGGACGUCUUUCCUCAAAGCUCGUCUGAACUGUUCGGUUCCCGGGGACUCGUUUUUCUACUUCGACGUUCUCCAGUCCCUCACCAACGUGCUGCAGAUCAACCAGAGGCCGGCUGUGGUCGGGGUCUUCACCACGCAGGCCAACAGCAUCCCCGGCUCUGCAGUCUGUGCGUUCUACAUGGACGACAUCGAGAAAGUCUUCAACGGGAAGUUCAAGGAGCAGCGGACCAGCGACUCGUCCUGGACUCCUGUACCCGACGAGCAAGUUCCCAGACCCAGACCUGGAUCGUGUGCAGGCGACGGCCCGGCUGCUGAGUACAAGUCGUCCGUUCAGUUUCCAGACGAGACUCUGACGUUUAUCAAGUCGUAUCCUCUGAUGGACGAAGCGGUUCCUUCUGUCAACGACCGGCCUGUCUUCACCAGGACGUCCAGCAGGUCCAAGCUGACUCAGAUCGUGGUGGACGUCUCGGCGGGUCCAAACAAAGACCGGACCGUGAUGUUCCUCGGAUCGGACGACGGCAGAGUCCUGAAGGUUUUGGCGAGCACGCAUCCCAACGACAGCUUCGGGUCCAAACUGCUGGAGGACAUCGACGUCUACAACCCGUCAAAGUGUAACGUUCAGGGUCAGGAGGACAGGACAGUUCUGGGACUGGAGCUGGAUAAAGACCAUCAUGCUUUGUUUGUGGCGUUCUCGAGCUGCGUCAUCAGAGUGCCGCUCAGCCGCUGCCCCCGACACGGCGCCUGUAAAAAAGCCUGCCUGGCGUCUCGGGAUCCGUACUGCGUCUGGCUCCGGAGCGGGAGCUGUGCCAACACGGCGCCGGGUUACAAGGCGGCGUUUGAACAGGACGUGGAGGGCGACCACUCGCUUAUCGUGGACAGCUGCCACGCUGAUGUGUUGGCGACCACGAGGAACCAGGAGUCUGCAGCCGACUCAGCAUACGGUAAGAAUCUCCGUUCUGUUGUUGAUGUUAUUUAUAGGUUGAUUACAGCAGCAGAGGCUCAUGGGAAAUAAACACAAAGAGAGAGAGUGCUGUUGACACUUUAAGCAGGAUGACUCCACAGUGCCUCCAAUGGACAGGUGAGGUAUUACAUGAUGAGAUGAACCUUUACUAAACAAACAUUACAGAAAAGAAAGAAUGUAAGUCUGA